AUGAUAGCGAUUUUCUCAAGUGUGAUAGUUGCGUGUCUUAUUACUUGGGUGUACUUUCGAUGGGUGAACGUGAGUCAGUUUUGGAAGAGACGUGGGGUGCCACAUCUCCCACUCCAUCCAAUUUUAGGAAGCCUCACCUUUUUGCAACGGAAAAAUCCUGCAACGUGGAUGAUAGAAAUGUACCAAAAGUUCAACACGCCCUACGUUGGCAUAUGGCUGUUCUGGAGACCAGCUCUAAUCAUCAAUUCACCGGAAAUAGCAAAGAAUGUACUUGUCAAGGAUUUCGAUUACUUCCGGGAUAGGUUUCUGAGCUCAGGCAGAUCUGAUCCAGUCGGAGGACUUAACCUUUUCACCACAAACGUAAGUAACCACGUCUAUAGCUCACUUAGUAUCCCAUGUUCGACUCCUGCAAAAUAUUAG